AAGGAUCCCAUUAUGCUUAUCCGGUGAUUUAGUCUUACUUUAUAAAAACAAAGGCAAGUCAUGAGUCAUCUGGCGGAGAUUACUUGGCUGCAUCUAAGCUGUGACACCACAAGUGCCCUUCAUAUCCAUGACGUCCAUUCGGUGGCUACUUUAAUCACCAACUCCUGCUCAGACGGCGUUAGUGAGAACCAAAAACAAAACAUGGAGGAGCAGACGGCAAAGCCGACGGUAACGGAAACGUGGCUGAGAAAACACCGUUUGCAAUACAACGGAGCCACCAGACACCCUUUCAUCCUCAGUAUCCGUGACGGCUCCGUUAAUUUCUCUUCUUUCAAACGUUGGCUGGGACAGGAUUACAUAUUCGUGAGAUCGUUUGUUCCAUUUGUGGCAAGUAUAUUGAUGAAAUCAUGCAAGGAAUCGAGUGAUGAAUCCGAUAUGGAAGUGAUCUUAGGUGGUAUGGCUUCUCUGAAUGAUGAGAUCAACUGGUUUAGAAAUGAAGCUUCCAAGUUUCAUGUUUCAUUGACCAGUGUCGUCCCACAGAAUGCAAAUGUUAAUUAUUGCAAAUUUCUAGAGAGCUUAAUGAGCCCAGAAAUCGAAUACUCGGUGGCAAUCACAGCUUUUUGGGCUAUUGAGGCUGUGUAUCAAGAAAGCUUUGCUCAUUGCCUUGAAGAAGGGAAUAGUAUUCCACAAGAACUACAGGAGACUUGUGAACGAUGGGGUAACGCAGGUUUUGGAGCGUACUGCAAAUCGUUGCGAGAUAUUGUUGACCAUUGCUUGCAGAAAGCGUCACCGGAAGUGGUAUCGAAAGCGGAAGUGUUUUUUCUUAGUGUUGUUGAACAUGAAGUGGAGUUUUGGAACAUGAGUGUUGGAGAGGCAUCUAUGUGAAUUGUGAAUGAGUUAAAACUUAAAAUAAGGUGAAUGUGUUGCUAAACGAAAUCACCUGCUUAGUGUUUAAUCAAGUUUUGUUUUUACUAA